GAAGGCCCCAAGGACCAGGGUCAAGGGUUUACAAACCCUACCUGCUCGGUCCGAUGGACUUUCGAGUGGACUUUCGGCUUGUGGCUUGGGGCGCCAACAACAGCAGCGAAGUGCCGGCGGCAAGAUCGUCUACAGAACCCGCGCCAAGGUUGACUCAGACCACUCAUGGCGCAGCAUCCAGCUCUGCAAGGCACCACAAAGGCAGCACCGGCAGCAGAGGCAUCCAGGAGGUGCAGCUGCCGCCAUGCGGCAAUGAUCAACAAGGCUCUGGAGGGCCCAAGAGCGUCGCUGCUGGGCGGUGCCAUGUGUGUGUGGCGAUGGCUGAUGGGAGCCUCUGGGCGUGCGGGAAGGGCAUCUACGGUACACACGUCAUUGAAGAGGGAAGAUUACAACGACUGCAAUCAUCCGAGCUCAUCUGCACGUGUCUGUGUUGGUGGUCUCCUGUGUGGCCGUCCGUGUUGGUGCAUGGCAUGCAGGUCAGCUGGGUGUGAGGGAGCACCAGCAGGUCACGCACUUCACUCAGGUCUGGCUGACUGAGCCGGGCUCGAGCUCGGUGGCCACCGGCCGAUUGCUCGUCAAGCAAGUCGCAUGCUCCGACUACCAUACACUGUAGGCACGCGACUGGGCGGGACGUCAGUGGGGUGGGCCCCGCUUGCCCUCUCCAUGUCAUGAGUGCACUCAUCGUGUCCUGUCAUGUCCUGUUGCGGUUUUCCUUGUGUGUGUGUGCAGAGCGUUGACAGAGGGCGGCAAGGUCUUCACCUGGGGCAGCAAUUCAAACGCCAAACUGGGCCACCCCGGUGGGUCGCCAGGAGAGAACGGCCUAUAUAUGCAUCUUUUUUUUUCUUGCUGGUCUGUCUGUGUUUCAUUCAGUGCGUCUGUCGCCCCGAUAUGACGGCUGCUCGCAGCCCACACUGGUCACCACUCUGGCCGACCAGGUCGGGUCGGAGAAAAUGGACAAGCGGAACCUGAAGUUCAUUCUGCCCCUUGUUUGUGCCAGUCGAUAGCCGUAGCAUCGAUUGCCUGUGGCGACGCACACUCGGUGGCACUCGCUGAGAAUGGAAAGGUAGGUACGGACACAGAAAGAGACAGUGUCGGUCGAUGCUUCGUUCGCAUGACUGGACGCCUAUGUGUGCAGGUGUGGUCCUGGGGGUGCACGCGCAACGGUUCCCUCAACUACGGGCAGUGUGGCCACAACAGUCACACCAAACCCACACACACGCCUACACCCAUACAAGUAACCACGAAACCACACACACGAGAAGACACUCACGCCCCGAUGCACCCACCAUCUCCAUACAUCCCUCUCUCUGUCCAUCCAUCAGGCCCUGGCAUCUUCGGGCAUCUGCAUCCGCAGCAUAUCGUGCGGCGCCUUCCACACUCUAGCGAUAGACGCCGAGGGCCGGGUCUACAGCUGGGGGGCGGGUGAGUAUGGGGAGCUGGGAUUGGGCGAUUUCCGUCAUCGUGCGUCGCCGGUGCGUGUGGAGGCCUUCCUGGACCCGGUGAGGGAGAGGAGGGGCGAGAGGGGCAGGGGGGCGUCGUUGCGGUCUGUCAAGGGCAGGGCCACCGUCAGAGAGGUACGCUUGGGGCCUGUGUGGGUUUGUUGUGUGGUGGAGAAAUGGAUUGUCUGUCUGUCGUGUGUGUGUCAUCAGGAGGCGCCUGUAGUGGUGUCUGUGUCUGGCGGUGGGCGGCACACUCUCAUGCUGACAGCUGACGGUGACGUCUACGCAUGCGGAUACAAUCAGCACGGCCAGUGUGGCAGCGGCAACACAGAGAACCUGUGCUACCCUCUGCGCAUCGAGAGCUUCGUCACCUCCUCCCGACCCCCCUCACCCUUCUCCCUCUCUCGCCCGCCCAGCACUCGCAAUUCACCCCAGCUGCCCAGGCCGCUCACGAGCGACACCGCCAAGAGGGAAAGGGGGGAGGACACGCACCGGGCGGCACACACGAUGGCCCAGGUGGUUGCGUGUUGGAGCCACUCGCUGUUCCUGACAUCCGACGGACGAGCACUUGCAUGCGGGAUGGGUGAGAGAUGCACAGAUAAUGAAUGACCUGCAACAUUAUGGAUCUGAAUGUGGAUUUUCAGGUCGCAAUGGCGAGCUGGGCAGAGACGACAUCAGGUCCCGCGUGAGGCCCACCGAGGUCCCGAUGCAUGGCUUCCCAUCUCUCCGAGUCGACCAGCUGUGGGGCGGCGGCAUGAAGAGCUUCGCCCUCCUGGUCCCCGCCAACGCCAACGCCCCUCCGCCCCCGUUGACCUAUCCCCCACCCAUCGCACCUUCCACCAGCCCUCGUCCCAAGGACGGCACGUCGCUGCACAGGCAGCUCGAUGCCUGCAGCCAGACGGAGAGCCUCCCGCUGCCCUCAAGCAGGGUGGAGGUGGGGUCGCGUCAUGUGGAGUUUGUGCAUCGGUUUGUGAGGUUUGAGGUGGCUAGAGGCGAGUGGGAAGGGGAAAGCGGGCGGACAGUGCUGCAGGAGAAGAUCGACACGUUUACACAGGUGGGCGUGAAGAGCCAGUCGUCAUGUGUGAUUCCAUUGCCCAUUUGCUGCCCGCAGGAUGUUGCUACCCGUGACUCACCCCCGGCGUUGGUGAAGCUGGUAGCUGCCGAGCCCUCCUCAACGUCAGAAGACGAUCCCAGUCCGAGUACGGCCUCCCUCACCCUGCAGCUCAUCACCAGACACCGCCCGCAGACACACCUUUCCGUGUCGGCCGUGGCGCAGGUGUUUAGCGAGUGUCUAGGGGAUAGCCUGGUGUCUCAGCCGAGGUGGUAUGAAAUAUUGCCGGAGGGGGAGGGGGAGGGCAGUAAGACCAGGGCCCAGGGGUGAGGGAGAUGAAAGAAGACUGACCAUGUUGGUGUGCAUACGAGGGAAUCGCUGUGUUUAUAUCCAUCUCGCUGGGUGUGUGGUUUUUCCAUUCUUGCGGUCUCCACGUGUGUAUGCGUCUUUUGGGUGUGUGGUGUGAGGGACCGCGCAUACUUGAUACAAUACCACGAAUGUGUGUGUGCAUGGAAACACGAGUCCAAACCCUUCAAACCUUC